CUCAGUCAUGCAGCACCUGGGAAGGACAUAAUGUUAAUGUUUAUUUUAGAGGAUUUUAGCAAGGAGGAAUGGAAACAUUGUGGGAAGGAAAAUAUUUUGUAGAGAAAAAUACUGUGGUUGAAAAUAGAAUCCAAGGAAUGAGUUAAAAAAGAAGACCCAAGAUAAAAGGAACUAAGUGUGAGAAUGGCUGUCCUUCCCAUACAGUUUUGUAAGAAUGAGCUCCAGUUUAAUGUAGGGCACUAUUAGGAAGGGUGAUUAAUCACAUUAGUGCAAUAAGAAAUUUGAUUCAAUAGUGCAAAUAAGCCAUACAGUUAAUUAUUCAUUAUAUGUUUUUAUUUGUCCUUGGAAUGUGUUUUUUGUACUUAUCUCUCUAGGGCUUUAUUUGAUAGUCUGGGAACUUAUUUCAAACACUGUGAAGAUCUGAUUCAGGAAGUGCUGGGAAGCAGUCCAGUGUGUUUAUCCUGACCCCUGUUCAACUUCUUCCUGCAGUUCACUCCAUGCUGGGAAUAGACAACUCUCCUCUGAGGCUGAGGCUAACCAGACUAUGCAGAACUUUCUUCUCUCCAACAUUCUGUGGAACUGGGUUGAAUGGAUCGCAGCAGUUACUAUUGCUGCUGGGACAGCUGCAAUUGGUUAUCUAGCUUACAAAAGAUUUUAUGUUAAAGAUCAUCGCAACAAAUCUAUGGUAAACCUUCACAUCCAGAAAGACAACCCCAAGAUAGUACAUGCUUAUGACAUGGAGGAUUUGGGAGAUAAAGCUGUGUACUGCCGUUGUUGGAGGUCCAAAAAGUUCCCAUUCUGUGAUGGAUCUCACACAAAACACAAUGAAGAGACUGGAGACAACGUGGGACCUCUGAUCAUUAAGAGAAAGGAAACUUAAAUAGACAGUUUUGACACUGCAAACCAACUUGUCAUGAUGUUAUCUGAUUGUUUAAUUAGAAUGACUAUGACUUCUGUCUAAUUCACCUCCUCUGGGUUCUAGAUGUGGUAUAUUGGAAACUGCAGCUUUCAUAUUCAUGGCAUUUGCCUUCCUUGUUGAACCAUCGUGGUGCACAUAUGUUUAAACAAAAAAUGGAAAAAGUAAAAACCAACUUCAUGGCCUAUGGGUUGUUUUGGUCUUGUAAGGAUCCGUUUCUUUACGUUUAAAAUAAUUAUAUUAGAAUAUAGUUGUAUUAAUGUACAAGUUAACAUUAAAUUAUUCUCAAAAUCCUGUAUAUGCAGGUUGUACUUUUAAGUUUCAAAGAAAAUUAUCACCUUUUAUUUAUUUAUUUGAGAGAGGGACAGCCAGUGAGAGAGGGAACACAAGCAGGGGGAGUGGGAGAGGAAGAAGCAGGCUCCCAGCAGAGGAGCCUGAUGUGGGACUCAAUCCCAGAACUCUGGGAUCACGCCCUGAGCCAAAGGCAGACGCCCAACGACUGAGCCACCCAGGUGCCCCAAAAGAAAAUUAUCACCUUUUAAUAUUACUUAGUUAGCCUAGAAAGUAAAUUGGGUGUGAUUAAGCUAUAUUAAUCUCUUAAUAUAGGAAAAACCUGUUAUGACCUUGAUUCUCUUCUUGACAGAGGUGAUGACACUGAGAAAAUAUACCUUCUGUGUUUUUAUAGUUUUCAAUCAAAAUGAACUUGGAAUGUUAUUCUGCUUAAUUAUAAGUGGGCUAGGUCUAAAAUAAAAAGGCACAGUAGCUUCUUUAUUCAUUUUCAUGGGUAUUUAAUUGACCCAUUAAAAGAACCAAUACUGGAAAUUUAGAUCAAAGUAAUAUUAGAUUUAAAGUAGCCAUGAAGAAAGUCUGAAAAUGUUAUGUUCCAUACAGAAUUCUAUUCCAAGAAGUGACAAGCACUUGCAGCGGGAACACUGAAGGAAUUGGAGCACAUGAUGUCAAGCCUCUUGAACAGAAAGCCAUAUAUCCAUGACAGAAAUAGUAGUCACAAAGCUAGAUCAAAGGUGCAGGAAGAUUUUAUUUCCCACUCUUGUUAAUCAGGCACAUGGUUAUUUCUAGUAAAGAAACUACUUGGGGGAGGAAAAUAAUUACAUUCUCUUAAAUUGUAUGACCUUAAAAGCAAAAAUUUGAACACAAGUUUUUGUUUAUAUAAUAUUCUUCAAAGACUCAGACCAGAAACAUUGCAUUCAUUCCUGAUUCAGAAAAAAAGAAAAUAUGAAAACUGAAAAUAAUUAGGAGCAAUAAAAAUAUUUAGACAGGAUUAGUUAAUAUGUGAAUUUUUAAAGAGAUUACUUCUUUGGGUUUUAUGGGUUAGAAGGAAAAGUCAGGACAGAAUAUAUACGUAAUACAAACAAUUUGACAAAAGUAACAAAUACUCUCACCAUUUCUUUUAGUAUACUUGAAUUCUCAGUAACAAGUUUCUAUAUGUGAAAAUCCAGAAUUACCAUGGAAGUCACAGGAAUCAAACCAAAUAUCAGCAUUCCUAUAUUAUGUACGAUCACUGAUAUUUUUUAAAUGUACAAUUUUGUGUAUUACAGUAGGUAUAAUUUAUACCAAAAUUGUGUAUACUGGUUUUAAGCAGCCUGUGUGACUUACUUGGAUGUGUCUUUAAGGCACAUGUUCUUUUUUUUUUUUUUUUAAGAUUUUAUUUAUUUAUUUGCCAGAGACAGCCAGCGAGAGAGAGAGAGGGAACACAAGCAGGGGGAGUGGGAGAGGAAGAAGCAGGCUCCCAGCGGAGGAGCCCGAUGUGGGGCUCAAUUCCAGAACACCGGGAUCACGCACUGAGCCGAAGGCGGACGCUUAACAACUGCGCCACCCAGGCACGCCUAAGGCACGUGUUCAAUACAAAAUCUAAAAUACUACAAACCUUGAUUCUUCCUCUCAGUUUCUUAAGGUGAAUUUCUUUCGGUGUCUUUGCCUCCUGUUUUAAGUAAGUAUGAGUGGGUCUGCAAAAGAAGCAUCAUGCUCUUAAAGGUUAAUGGAUCCAUGAACUCCCAGUUUCUGAUAAAGGGACAUCCUUUUAACAGACCGAACUGUAUCCUUAAUUUUGAAUUUGAAAUUACACUAUUAGUCAUGCAUUUUUAUAGCUAGUGGAGAUGGGGGAAGAAAUUAGUGCCAAUUCUCUAAACUAUUUUUCAAAGGAAUAAGAUUAUGUGUACAUUUAUGAUGGAAUUAGAAGUGAUCACCUAAUUGAAAUGCAGAUCUACGGUAGCAUUUUGUUAGUCCAAAAUAAUUAGAUAAAUGUAUCCUCAGGGUCAUGUUAAAAUUUUGUUACAUGCUCUUGAACUAGGAUUCCUUUAAGAUAUUAAAACUUUCAUGUUACUUAACCUAAAAAAGUUAAGUGGGUGUAGUUAAAUUAAUGUAAUUUUUUUACACAAAAAAAUCAUUGUGUGCAAAUACUGUUCUCAUUUAAGCACCCCGAAGCAUCUGAUUGCUUUUUCAUUUGAGAAGUCAGGCAAAUCGGGUUCCCCCACACCACCACUAUCUUUUUUUCUCUCUACAUUAACGUUCCAGUGAGUUCCAAAAUAGGAUUUUGCGCUAGGUUGAGAGUUUCUGAUGUUAGGAAGAAACUUGUUUUACAGUGAUUGAAAGUGACACUCCUCUGUUAGUACAACAGACAUUUAUUAAGCAUCUUCCAUAGACCAUGUAAUUGAGAAUGAAACAUUUUGGAGAAUUAAAAGCUUAUAUAUAAGCUUAUAGAUUAUAUCAUUGUGAUGUAGCUUACAUGGUUAUGGUAAUUUAUGAUUUGGGGUUGUUUUCCUUAAAUUAUAAUAGUUGUGUGUCACAAGUCUUUAUACUAUAAAGUAGGUGGAUUUAUUUGGUUUUUCAUUAGUUAUGAAGGAUUUGGGUUUGGUUUGGUUUUAAGGUAAACAUUGAUUAAGGGUUCCUAAUUAGCAACAUGUUUAGUGAUUGUGUUUCUGUGCACGUGUAUUAUCUACUAGCUGUCAGAAGCUAUGCUUUCUCUCUGAGUUU